UGCCGCCUUUGGUCCAGCGGCUGUUAUUGCAGGAUACAUCGCUGCCUGGAAUGAGGAUCGACAGGAGCUUUGACAUGACGGCUAGAUUCUGGUCAGAGCAUGGGUUCGUCACGAGCAUCAUAUUUACCAAGUACGCCGUUUCGCUUCGGGUGCUUGAUUUGUCUAGAUAAUCAAACUGGCACGAACUCCGCAUCAUCGAGCAGUGCCCUUGCGGACUUGAAGGCAUGUCCGCUCCGCAGCGUCCUCCCGCAACAGCCAUGUGGGGCGCAAGUAGAUGCCGUUGGUCCUGUCGACUGUAUAUAUAACUCUGGAGUCCGAAACGCUACCGUCCUCCUUGGGGAGCUGCUGCAUCGGAACAUGCAGUGUCACUUCCUCAACAUGCCAACCAACUCAGGCAAAACCGUUCUCAUCACUGGCUGCAGCGCCGGAGGCAUCGGGUCCGCACUGGCGCAAGCCUUCCACGACCAAGGCUGUCGCGUAUUCGCGACCGCGCGGGCUUUGCCCAAGAUUGCCCACCUUAGAGACAUGGGCAUUGAUGUGCUGCAACUAGAUGUAGAAGAUGCCGCGUCAAUUGCCAGCGCGGUUGACCGAGUCGGCGUCGCCACGGAAGGGACGCUGGAUCUACUGGUCAACAACGCGGGCCUCGGCCAAUCCGGUCCAAUCAUAGACUCGAACCUGGCCGACUCGCGAAAGAUGUUCGAGGUAAACUUUUUCGGGCGCGUUGCCACCACGCAGGCAUUCGCACCACUCCUUAUCAAGGCCAAAGGUACCAUUGUCAACAUUGGGAGCAUCGCCGGCGUCUGUCCACAGCCGUGGAAGGGAAUGUACAAUGCCAGCUCCGCCGCCGUGCACCAGUGGAGCGACACCUUGCGGAUCGAGCUAGAGCCGUUUGGCGUGCGAGUUGUACUUGUUGUUACCGGCGCGGUGCGUACAAAUUUCCUCACGAAUCAGGCCGGUGCCAAAGUGGCGUCCGACUCCAUCUAUGCUCCGGCCAAGGAGUCUAUAGAGAGCGCAAUGAACGGAAAAUCGGUAGACAAGAACUUUGUUGAUGCGCAUGGCUACGCGCGAGAGGUGGUCGCAAACGUGCUGCGCAAGCAUCCCGUGAAACGGCACUGGGCUGGGGGCGUCGCGAGGCUCAUUUGGGCGGUUUCUGUUGCUCUGUGGGCGACAGCAUGGGACUUCCUGCUGGCGGAGCAGUUUGCGAUAAAUGAGCUGAGGAAGAGGUUGGCGUUGAAGAAUGUAGCUGAACAGUAGUGCUCAGUGCUGGGAACGUGACAAGUUCAAGGACAAGGUUAUAGCUAGUAACUUAGUACUUCGGGUGGCUGGAGGCCAGCCCCACCCCCACCCCUGACGAGGCACUGGCGGCUGACUAACACAAGAGCCGCCUGCCAACCUCCGUCGAGGUUGGGGUAGACUCAAUGAGC